UAUAUUCAAAAACAUCAUUAAACUAUUAAUUUAUUGACCAAUGCUGUACCAUAUAAAUAUAUCACAAUAGAUAAGUUUGCCACAAAAAAGUAUCUUCAAUACUUUCAAUUUGUUUUCUUCAAACGCUGCCAAAGUUGGCCAAACCCUGCAGUUAGCGCGACUGUUAGCAUAGCACAGUACAAGCAAGAAAUGGUACUCCCACUACUUGGCCGGAAUACUCCCUUGCAGUGAACUUUUACACAACGGCACAGCACAAGACUUUGUUUUACAUUGUGGAGAAAGCUUCACAACAAAAGACACUUCUCUAAACAUCGCAUCAGGUGCAGUUGCGGUGAAGAAAACCCAAAUUCAAAUCUGCCAAUCUUCUCACCAUUUGCGAGAAGGCAUGAAUUGUGAAUUACUUGCAAUUAAACAUAGCGAGGAAGGAAAAAAUUAUCACUCCAGAAGUUCUGCCCCUUUCUCGUUCCCGUUGUGCUGCUCUCGUUUUGUAUUUCUGCUCUGCUUCGGCGGUCGAACUUCUUCGCUAUCGGGUCGGUAAUCAGAGCGCUGAUCCGAAGACAGUGUGUGUUCGUCCUUCCAGGAUUACAGUCUCUCUCUCUCUAUUUCUCUUUGCUGUAAACCUUUCCUCCCACGCUUGGCGAGAGAUCGUCCUGUUUGGUAUGCCCACUACGGCACUCUGGCCAAACAACAUUACAGGAGCUGUCUCGUGCUCGCUUCCUGCUCGUACACCUUGAACAGUUUUCUCCCCCACAACACACACACACACACACGCACACAGCCACUCUCUUUCUCUCUCUCUUUCCUUCUCUCGCUCGCGACGGCUUUCCCGCUGGAGCAGAUUGGCCCCAGGCAGGUCGGGAAAAGCUUGAACUCCCGUCCGUUGGCGCUUACAGUUGCCUUUCGUUUGUCGUUGGUGAAAGUGAACGCGCCCGCGUGUGUACGGACAGGUUGGCCAUCGCCGUUUUUUGGGACAGGGGGGGGCUCUUUUGCACCGGGAAAGGACCACCACCACCACUAGCAGCGGUACCACCCAGCUAAGGAGGAAGUCUCUGUCCACUAACCCGUGUGUGCUUCUGUGUCGUUUACCUCCGGCCUUUUGGGGCCAAUUGCGGGGAUUUUCCUCCCGCCGAGGAAAUAAGCCCUGCCGGAGACGGGACAGGAAAAACGGGAAAAAUUCUCGCUCGCACAAGUGUCUGCGUGUGUGUGUGUGUGUCAGUGUACCAAUCACAUGAUCUGCCAGCCCGGAGCGUCGUGCAACAGUCGCGCGGAAACGGCACAACACGCAGAGUCGUCCUGAUCGGUGGAGCAGUCUGCUGGAGCACGCCAUGCACGAACUGCCUGCACAGACCUAGCCUGAACGCGUUCCCGCACACACACACACAUACACACCCAAAGUCACACCGAACAGGCGAACGGAACCCGUAACAGAGUUCGCGCGUUUCAGCGUUAGCGACAGCCCUUUGGUGCACACUUCCAGCGCGGGUUCCGUCGCGUCGGUACUCUACCACACCCCCUCCUUCCCCUCCUGCCCGUCUGCUUUCCCUCCCGGCCGCCUUCUCGGUAGCGUGUGGCUGGCGGGUGUGAUGGCCAACACUGCCCAUCUGUUCCGCAGGCAGAGCUCCCGGGAUUUGAUCCAGCAGGCGACCGUUCGCAGCCUAGAUGAGCUCGAGCUGAGAGAACUACGCAGCCGGCUGGUGCGGGCGGAGAACGGCUCGCAGAAUGUGGUGUACGGUGCGACGAACCAGGCGUUCAUCAGCGACGAUGAUCCACCGAUGGCGCGCAUCCUGGACAUUGGACCGUCCGGGACGGGGCCGCCGGGCAAGGAUGCGCGCAAGCUCGCCAUGCAGGCGUCCAUCGUGUCGCAGCAGCAGCAGGAGUCCGCCAUCGCCGAGCGACCGGAAGACGAGCGGGAAAGCUGGGACAGCAAGUGGACCUUCCUGCUCGCCACCAUUGGGUACGCCGUUGGGCUUGGUAACGUGUGGCGCUUCCCGUAUCUGGCGCAGAAAAAUGGCGGCGGUGCAUUCCUGGUGCCGUACUUCGUAAUGCUGCUGCUGCAGGGCCUGCCAAUCUUCUACCUGGAGCUCGCGAUCGGGCAACGCCUGCGCAAGGGUGCGAUCGGUGUGUGGCACGAGGUGUCCGCCUACCUCGGCGGUAUCGGCAUCUCCUCCGCCUUCGUCAGCUACAUCGUGGCGCUCUACUACAACACCAUCAUUGCCUGGUGCCUGAUCUAUCUGCUGCACAGCUUCGAAACGCCGCUGCCGUGGGCCGAAUGUCCGAAGCGGCUGUUUAAGAACUUCACCUACGACAUCGAGCCGGAGUGUGUGGUGUCGUCGCCGACCAAGUACUACUGGUAUCGCGAAACGCUCCAGGUGUCGCCGAGCGUCAACGAGCCGGAGCAGAUCAACUACACGGUCGCGCUGGCACUCAUCACCGCCUGGUCGCUCGUCUACCUGUGCAUGGUGCAGGGCAUUACCGAGUCGAGCAAGAUCGUCUACAUCACGGCCAUCUUCCCGUACGUCGUGCUGAUAAUAUUCUUCUUCCGCGGCAUCACCCUCAAGGGCGCAUCGGACGGCAUCGCACACCUGUUCACACCACGGUGGGAAUCGAUUCUGGAACCGGUUGUCUGGUUGGAGGCCGGUACGCAGAUUUUCUUCUCGCUCGGGCUAGCGUUCGGAGGGCUGAUUGCCUUCAGCUCCUACAAUCCGGCCAACAACAACUGCUACCGGGACGCGCUCGUCGUGUCCGUAACCAACUGCUCCACGUCUAUGUUUGCCGGUGUGGUUGUAUUUUCAGUCAUCGGCUUCAAGGCCACCUCCAUCUAUGACAGUUGCGUCGAGGAGCGCUCGGAGAUGAUACGUCAGAACAAGUCGCACGACCUCUUACCUGUUUGCGAUCUGCAAAAGGAGCUGGAAAAUAGCGCAUCCGGUACCGGAUUAGCAUUCAUCAUCUUCACCGAAGCGAUCAACCAGUUCCCGGCGGCGCAGCUAUGGGCCGUUCUGUUCUUUCUGAUGCUGUUCACGCUCGGUAUCGAUUCGCAGUUUGGCACGCUGGAGGGCGUCAGUACCUCGCUGAUGGAUAUGAAACUGUUCCCCAACGUGCCGAAGGAAAUGAUCACCGGGGCUCUGUGCAUGUCCUGUUGUGUACUGUCCCUGUGCUUUGCCAACGGUGCCGGUAGCUACAUCUUCCAGCUGAUGGAUAGCUUCGCCGGCAGCUACACAUUGCUUAUAAUUGCGUUUUUCGAAUGCAUCGGUGUCAGCUACAUAUAUGGGCUCAAAAGGUUCGCGGACGACAUCGAGCUGAUGACAGGUUCGCGGCCAAGCCUUUACUGGAUGCUCUGCUGGAAGUACAUAUCCCCGAUCGCAAUGAUAACGAUUUUGGUCGCCUCCUUUCUGGAGCUCGCAUCCGAGGGCAGUAGCUACCCGGGCUGGAAUGCGCUCACCGGUACCACCGAUCAGCUCGAGUGGCCGCACUGGUGCAUAGUGGUUGCCAUCUUGCUGAUACUGGUGUCCAUUCUGUGGAUUCCCGGUGUGGCCAUCUUGCGAUUAUGUGGCAUCAACGUGAUCGAAGACAGUGAGCCGGCCUGGUUCCCUUCGGCGGAGCUGCGUGACGUGCACGGUAUUGUACCACACGAACCGACCGACAUUGAAAUAUCAUUGUUCUGCAUACGGGCCGACGGUUCCGAGGGACUCUGCUGUCCCAUCUACGGUCCGCGCGAACAGCCACUGGACGAGGAGGAGUAAGCUGGGCCUGCUUACGGUGGGCAAAAUGCAUGUAAAAAAGAACAAACCAUUUCUCUCUACGCUCGUAAGGUACUCGUAAGGUUGACAAAACAGGAACGUCUAACGUACCAACUGAAAGAGCUAGUCGACGCUGAAGCCAUACUUACAUCCACGUCCACCAAGCAAAGCAUCCAAUAUAUACAUACACCUUUACCCGCAACACGGCAACGUAUACACCUUAGAUGGAUCUACAGUUGCGUAAAAAGAAAAGCCAUCCUAUGCUAGCGUUUAAGUAUGAAUGUUCGAAUUUAGUGUUUAAACAUAAAAAAGGCAACACACUCCCACCACUCACACAUAAAGACACGGACACUAUGCAAAAAGAAGCAGUAGAGAGAGAGAAGAAAACACAAACAAUCAAACCAUCUAGAACAGUGCAAAACGCCACCCAAGGUGAGGGCGAGCGUAACUGACAAGACUUGAAGAUUAUACAACAAAAAAACAAAAACAAAAAACGAAAAGAAAAUCUCCAUUCAUCAAUUAGCACUGCUAGUCCACCUUGUUGUCGCUAACCUACCGACUUUAGCAUAUCAAUGUGUUCCCAAUUGACGGUUAUUUAAUGUUGGGAUGUUCUUAAAAGAAUCAUACACACAUAAACUCCACACACAUAGAUACACCUAAGUAAGGCAAAGAUCAAAUUUACGUGCUCUCCUGCGUGCACACUAAUAGCGAGUUAGCGAGAGCCGAACGGGCAUCAGCCUUAUGUUCAAUAUACGUCUGACAAUAAUCCUGUUGCCUGAUGCCUGCUGCUCCCGGAGGACGCUCCAUCAGGAUCGUCCGCAAGUGUUCGUUGCUGCAUCUUGCUACACGACGAGCGACGUUUCAAACCGCGGGACAGAUACGACAAUAAUGUGCAACCAUGACUAAUACCAUGUUUAUCUAGAGAAACAAUACUAAUCUAAGAGUAUUAAUUGUUGAAUACAGUAUACAUAUUAUAUAUAUACACUCACACUCUCGUAGUCACGUAUAUCUGUACAUAUAAGUAAUUUAUAAUAAAGGACGACGUUGUAGAGUGGAUCAAAGUUGUUGCCAAACAAAUUGAA